UCAAACAAAUCCUCUUCUUGCAGCUCCAUCUCCAUCUCCAUCCAUGGCCUCCAUCCUCACCUUCUCCUCAAUCUCUUCCCCUUCUCCUCUCCUCUUCAUCACAAACCCUAAACCUAAUUUCAUCCCUCGCUUCACUGCUAAUCCCCAGAUGCAUCCCCUCCAUCUCCCAGCCCUUGUUCGCGUCUCCUCACGCCCUCCUCUCAAACCAUUCGCAGUCUCGGCCUCCACCGCCCCCUCCGUCUCCUCUCCCAACCCAACCCUCUUCUCCGACUCCACCCGCACCGUUUGCUCGCUCCUCACCCUCUCUACGGCCGCCGCCUUCGCUCUCCGCUCCCUUGCCCACCGGCUUCUCUCCUCCGCCCUCGCUUCCCCCGCCAUCCAACAAAUCCUUGACGCCCGCGCCAUUCAAGGCACUAUCACCACUGCCGGCUCCCUCUUCUUCGCUCGCCUCCGCGACCGGCCUAGCGGGUACCUCAACACCCCACUCACCGUCGUCGCCGCCGGGAUGUCCAAGUGGCUUGAUAUCUAUAGUGGGGUUCUGAUGGUCCGGGUUCUUCUCAGUUGGUUCCCGAACAUACCUUGGGAUCGCCAGCCCCUCUCUGCCAUUAGGGAUCUCUGUGAUCCAUACCUUAAUCUUUUCAGGAAUAUCAUUCCGCCAGUGUUUGAUACUUUGGAUGUGAGCCCGCUUCUUGCUUUCGCCGUCUUGGGGACGCUGGGGUCUAUCCUGAACAACAGCCGCGGGAUGUACUGAAAAGGCUAAGUUUUGAAAGACAAAAAGGAGAACACUUAGUCAUAUGUUUUUUGGCAGGAGCUUAGAUUCAGUCAUGCCAAAAGGUUUGAUCUUGAUUGUGUGUCUAAAAUCAAAUUCCAGUACCAGUAUAUUACUUGUUGGAGGUAAGUUUUUCAAGCAAGGUUUUCAUCUCCACAUCAUGUUCUUUUAUUUUUCGAAAUGUAGGACUGUGUUUAGCCAUUUUACAGAGACGGAUGUAUAAGCAAUCGCCGGUGUGUUUUCAACAUGAACUACCUUAGCAGCAGUUUUGAGAAACCAUGUCCAAGUUAUUAGUUGUAUUGAAACUUUCUCUACUUUUUUUAAUACAUGAAACCAAAUGGAUGUUGAAAUUGAAAAUAUUCAAAUUUGAUUGUACAAUUACAUGGUGAGAAAAUUUAUUGGCUAUCAUCUCUAUGUGAA